AAAUAAAUAUGUAGAAGACACAGUGGAUUGUGAUCUUGGUGAGACGAAGAUGGAGACGGAGCGUCCAUCGAAGAGUUGGAGCAUCCAUACCCGAUCCGAAAUCAUCUCCAAAUACCAAGUCAUGGAACGGAUCGGCUCCGGAGCUUACGCCGACGUCUACCGCGGCCGUCGUCUCUCCGACGACGUAACAGUCGCUCUGAAGGAAAUCCACGACUACCAGUCUGCAUUUCGAGAAAUCGAAGCUUUGCAGAUGCUUCAAGGUUCACCAAACGUCAUCGUUUUGCAUGAAUACUUCUGGCGCGAAGAUGAAGACGCCGUUCUCGUCCUUGAGUACCUGACCACUGACUUAACCACCGUCAUUUCCGACGCUGCUAAGGAAGGUCUCUCACUCCCUGUUGGUGAGAUGAAACGUUGGAUGAUUCAGAUUCUUUGUGGCCUUGACGCGUGUCACCGGAACAUGAUUAUUCAUCGAGAUUUGAAGCCUUCUAAUCUCUUGAUUUCUGAUCGUGGAAUUCUCAAAUUGGCUGAUUUUGGACAGGCAAGGAUACUCACAGAGGAUGGAUUUGAUGCUUUUGAGGAGAAUCCACCACCGUGUGAGCAUGAUGGUUCUAAUCAUGAAAGUUUACUUCAUCAACCUGAAGCUUUUCCUCAUACUGACAGCACAAGCCAAUUUGGAUGUGGAAACCAAGAGCAUGGAGGUAGUCAUGAAGAGUAUUUUAGUGUUUUAGAUGAGCUGAAAACAAAGAGGUCCACAGAUGACAUUGAUAAGGAUACAAACAUUCCGGAUGGAAAUACUUCUUGUCUUGCAACAUGCACAACAAGUGAUAUAGAUAACGAUCCUAUGAGAACUUCUUUUAGCUAUGAAGCAUUGGAAGGGGAAGAUAAAGAACAUGGUUGUCUCACGUCAUGUGUUGGAACUCGAUGGUUCCGGGCUCCUGAGUUACUUUAUGGAUCCACAAACUAUGGUGUAGAAAUUGAUCUCUGGUCACUUGGAUGUAUUUUUGCUGAGCUCUUGACUCUAAACCCCUUGUUUCCUGGAACAGCUGAUAUUGACCAGCUCAGUAGAAUUAUUAAUGUUUUGGGCAACCUUGAUGAGAGAGCUUGGCCUGGUUGUUCAAAACUUCCUGAUUAUGGAAUAAUCUCGUUUAGCAAGGUAGAAAACCCUGCUGGUGUUGAAGCGUGCCUGCCCAACCGCUCCCCUGAUGAAGUGUCUCUAGUCAAAAAACUGGUUUGUUAUGAUCCUGCUAGGAGGGCUACAACAAUGGAACUACUCCAUGACAAGUACUUCAAUGAAGAACCUCUUCCUGUUCCUGUUUCUGAGUUGCGAGUUCCUUUGACCAAAAAAAACGAAGAUGAGGAUUCUGUUGGUGGGUGGCAUGAUUACAAUGAAACGGGUUCUGAUUCUGAUUUUGAUGACUUUGGCCCUAUGAAUAUCACCAGAACUGGUACCGGUUUCUCCAUUCAGUUUCCUUGAGCUUGAUGGAUUUUGAGGUACAUCAUAUUCUUGGAAUCACUGUUUCCACUCGUGUUGUUCAACUUAUAUUUUACUGACCGAGCCUCAUCUGGAAAAUUUGCUGUGAGGAGAUUAUGGAUAAGAAAAUCUCUGAUUGUGUUAUGACAUGUUUUGUGAACUGAAGGAUAAAUAGUGAAAAUCAAGCAGCGUGAUGGAUUGUGUUGUGUGUUACGAUGAUAUCUGUAGUUGAUGUAAUACAGCAUUUUUUGAACACUGAACUUUAUAUUAUUGGGAUUAACUCCUACCUUCACAUGUGGCCAAGUUGAAAAUACUGCAUGAGUGGAACUCUAAAUUUUGGAGAUUGGCCACUACGCCUAAUUUAUAAUUAUGUACCCCCACCCAAAAAGAAUCGAAAGUGGUUUGACUAUUAUGAAUAUGAUAGAUUGAUUUCUCGUGUUCUGUCA